UCAACGUUUUGUGUCUCUAUUGAAAGAAAAUACAGAAAUGUUGAAACAGGAAGUUGGCUGCUGUGUUUGUGAAUCUACUACUCUAAAGUGGAAUGAAUGGAAGUCAGAUGGCCACCUGCUUGAGGGAGUGGCCACUCCUUCAUUCACACGCUUCAGGGAGCGGAUGAAGCUGCUUGGCUUCUCUGCAGUCUUUCAUCUGAUCCUCAACAGCUGAAGGAAGCUGGUGAUGCCUCAUCUUCUCCUCUUCCUCGUCUCCCUGCUCUUCUUCUCAGAUGGCUCUUCUGCUCAGCCACAUCAGGUGGUUGCAGUUGUUGGUGACGCCGUCACGCUGCCCUGCAGUUUAGAGGACAGAACCAGGUUUGAUGACAGUCCAACGGUGGAGUGGACGAGGCCCGACCUGGAACCCAAGGCUGCUCUGGUGUACCGGGACAACUCUGAGGUCUUUGAGAUGAAACACCAGCGCUUUGAGUUCCGGACCAGCCUGUUCCACAGUGAGGUCAAAGACGGAAACGUGUCUUUGAGGAUCUCCAACGUCCAGCUGUCUGACGCUGGGAUGUUCUACUGCCUGAAGAUCCCAAAGGAAGAAGGCAGACUCCGGAUGGAGAACUCCACGGUGGAGCUGGUUGUUGUUUCAGUGUCUGACCCAAAGAUCUCGAUGGUCGCGGUCCAAAGUGGAGCGGUGAUGGUGGAGUGUGCGGCCAGUUGCUGGCUGCCGAAGCCAGAGAUGAAGAUCCUGGACGACCAGGGAAGAACCUUGACUGCUGAAAAGACGGAGACAGAAGAGCCAAACGGAUGUAUCACCGUACGACAAAAAGUCGUUCUGCAGAAUUCAACCGGCAGAUUCACCUGCAGAGCUGAGCUGCUGCAGUUCAACCACAGCAGGUCUGCACAGAUCCACAUAACCGUUGGUUUCCUCUGGUCGGGUCCCCACAUCGCAUCCAUCUGCGCUGUAGAAGCCCUGGUCUUCGUGGCCCUGUUCGCAUUGUGGCACCUGUUUGGGAUGAAAUGUCCCAGACCCGGUGGGAACCCGCCGACCUACCCACCAAACAGUACCUCUCAGAAUGUAGACUGCAGGAAGUCUUCAAGCGUUAGGUCAUCCAGUGUUUCCUCGAACACCUGCCUUUCACCUGAAAACCAAAAUCAGGAGAGCGGCGAGGGGAACAGAAAUCGGGAGCACUCAAAAGGAGAGAAGUAACCCACAGAGGGAGCUUUGGACUUUGGACAGCUUUGGAUCCAGGAGUGUUACCGCAUAAUGAAAGACCAGAGUCUCCUGAGAUUAUCAGAAGAUUCUCCAACAACUGAGACCAUCAGCUCAUCAGCCUCAGUCCUUUUCCUGUUUGUUCCAAAGGAGAGCUUGAAGCGAGGCCUGAUCAGGAACAGGACCUAAAGGACGGCGUCAUCCUUCUGUAAACGAAUCUGGACAUCAGAGCUCACAGUCAACUCUGCUGAUCGUCAUGAGGGGAUUUAUGAGUGUGUGAAUGGGAGAUGGGGACUGUGACUUUAAAUACUUUACGUCCUUUCAGGGGGUCUUACAUGAGUCUGAAACUCAGGGAUCAUAUUUUUAUUCCAUUCAUUUGUAAAGUUUGGUUUCAUAAAGUCUUCCUUUGCUCUGAUUGGUCAGUCGCUCCUCGUUAAGAGUCCAGGAUCUGAGAUCAAAGCACAGCAACAAAUGUAUUGUUUGAAUGAGGGCAUUUGCUUGUGUUACUAAAUAUGAAUGACUUUAACUUUAAGCUCCGCCUCCAUUUAUACAAAAAAUGUCAAACGGAGACAAAAGAACUUUUUUAAAAUUGUUUAGAAAAAUGAAGCUGAUUUUUUUUUAUCUACUGUGUUUUUUUAAAAUGAAGGGUUCUGUAACUUUAUUACCUCUUUUUGCACACUGCCUUUAUUUGUAUGAAGGAUUUGAAUGUGGAACGAUAAUGUCAUAUUUAUGUAUUUAACUGGGAGAAUUUCUGUGUACUAACGGGGACUGUUGUGUAGUUUUCACCUUUAAAUAUUUAAGUGCAUUUUAUGUAUUUAUUCAGUUUAAUGUAUUUUAAUUUUUUUUUUGUCAAACCUUUUUGUUUGUGUCGUUCUUCUUCUGUGCAUUUCAUAAACUGAACAGGCAUCCUAGAAGCUACUUGGUGAUCCUGCUUUGUUUUCAGAUGUUUUUUUUAGCUAACAAGCUUCAAUCCGGAAGUCAAGGAGCUGUAAUAAGAUAAUUUAUUAAUCCUUGUUGGACUGUCCAUUAUUGUGGAUGUGAAUUAAAGUAUCUAUAAUCUUUCUUAAACUGUAACAUCACAGACAUUUAAAGCUGUUUGUUGUAUUUAAUUCAUUUCUUCUAACGUCUCCUUGAAGCUUCAAAUGUCUGGAUAAAAUGUCGGAUAAGUUCUGGUUUGGCUUCCUGCUGCAGAAUACUCAGAUAAAAUCCAUGUUGAAGCUCAGAAGAUGAUCUUCAUUUCUGGAAGUUUUAGCAGGGCUGCUAGGCUGUUAGCUGCUGCUCAGGUUUAUGAUCUGUAGAAAAGAGGAACUUUUAUUCUGUUUCUCAAAGUGGAUUCAAUCUCUCUGAGCCUCUGGAAGAAUCUAUUUAUUAAUACAAAUCUUGAUUUGGGUUAGAGAUUUUCUUGUGACAUUUGUGAAAGUGGAUCCAGAAGCACAAACAUGCCGGUUGGUUACAUUUUUGUUAAUGGAAACUUUUCAGACAAACAUUCAGAGUAAAGAUGAUUCAUCAGCUGCAAAUCCAUCAGUGGAAAAAUACAGACUAUAUUAAAAACAGUUUGUGGCUCCUA